GGCGCACGGGCCCAUCUCGUCGAUCGGCGCGGCCUGCCAAUCUCUGCAGCACAGUUCAUGGAUCUCGAAACGGUCGCAGGCGAUCUCAACCUCGACGCGACCGGAGAUGCUGAGAUGAGAUUUGGGAGGUCGAGAGCAGCAACCAUUCUCCGCUGCGGAUCUUAGGUUUUGCUCCAGAUCGAACCGCGUUUAGAUCUUUGUUCUUCCGGACUGUUGAUUCGUUUUGUCGCAUCGAUUCUUGUGAGUAGAAACCCAUCGAUGCAUCAUGCGGGUUCUCUGCCUCAGGUCGGAAAGGCUAUUUCCUUUUCGCUAUUCCCCGUCCUUUCCGUCUCCUUCAAAGUUGGCUUUUUGGUAGGGCGUGCUGGGUCUGCAGACGUUGUUAAUAGAAUCCGGGGAGUGCUUGGCGGGAGAGGGGAUUUUCGGGCUGUCAGGGAGAUGAACUACGGGAGCAGUUCGAUUUCUUCAGCUGCUAAGGCUUCUGCCAGGGCAUUUGAUUUCGGAAGGACCCAUGUGGUUCGACCCAAGGGAAGGCAUUUGGCCACUGUCGUGUGGCUUCAUGGCCUAGGUGAUAAUGGAGCAAGUUGGUCUCAACUCUUGGAAACCCUCCCCCUCCCAAAUAUUAAGUGGAUAUGCCCAACUGCCCCUACCAGGCCUGUAGCAAUUUUUGGUGGAUUUCCGUCAACUGCCUGGUUUGAUGUUCAUGAUCUAUCAGAGAAUGGUCCUGAUGAUGUUGACGGAUUAGAUGCUUCAGCUGCUCAUGUUGCAAAUUUGCUAUCAACGGAGCCUGCUGAUAUCAAACUCGGUGUUGGUGGCUUUAGUAUGGGUUCUGCUACUGCUCUCUACUCCGCAACUUGCUGUGCCCAUGGAAAAUACGGGAAUGGCAAGUCAUACCCUGUAAAUCUAAGUGCAGUUGUUGGUCUAAGUGGUUGGCUUCCAUGUGCCAGGAACUUGAACAGCAAGCUGGAAGGUUCUCAAGAUGCCACAAGACGAGCAUCGUCUUUGCCUAUUUUGCUUUGCCAUGGAAAAGGAGAUGAUGUAGUGCAAUUCAAACAUGGAGAGAAAUCAGCUCAAGUUUUGAAAUCAACUGGCUUUGAGAAUGCUACUUUCAAAGCGUACAAUGGGCUCGGCCACUAUACCGUCCCCACGGAGAUGGAUGAUGUCUGCAAAUUCCUCACUGUGGCACUGGGUCUCCAUGGAUCGCGGUCUUAACCAAGAACAAUCUUAUCUUUUGAUGCUGGAUACUGGUGUUGGAGUGAGAGCAAUAAGUUGGUAUAGUCCGAUUGAAUAGUGCAUUACUAAUUUAUAUGUUUGGUUUUGGGGCUUCUUGUGGUAAUUGUAGCAGCUCGAUGACAGUUUUAAUCUCUGCUCAACGCAUCAAUAACCUACUCUUUUUGAGAUCAGUUACUUUUUGUGGAUUUAUGGAGUGGUUCAAAUCGUGCCCGUUCUAAUUCAA